AUGCUCUUGUACACGAGACUUGCUCCUCCCAAGCAGCCCAAAAGGCGAUCACGAGGCGGUACGAAGAAAAAGUGCGAUGAGAAGCGGCCCAAAUGCAGUCGUUGCCAGGAUCAGGGCGUCGAAUGCGUCUAUGAAGCCGUGAAACCCCGCCAACGGAGGCGGCGCGACUCGGCAGCCCCCAGCAGCCCUCAUGGUCUCCAGCAGAUGACCCGGCGGUUGUCACAGGUCAGCCACUCCAGCCACGGCACGGAGUACUACUCUGGGCGUGAUGAUGGUGUGCUCAGGAACCUCGUGGCCUACGCCCUCGAUGACCCAUUUAUCCCGAGUCCAUCCGACAGCAGCUUCGACGGUUAUCCUUUUCCUUCUCCCUUCACGCCUAUUGAACUCUCGGACAGCCAGCGGGACGAUGCUCACUCGGAAGACGGCCAACAAACCACGACUAGCACUGCGGUGGUUUCUCGAUCCAAAUCCUUGUGCCCGGACCUGGCCAUGAUUGCGCCCUGUCCAGUCGGCUCUCCUUUGCUUGACUUCUGCGCGCCCACAUUCUCGGAAUUCUCAGACAGGCAAAAUCGCCGGGCACUGGUAGAUCACUUUUGCAACGUCCUGUCCCAUCUCAUUGUCUUCCGCGAGGAGACGGGCAACCCCUUCCAGCAACUGGUGCUGCCCCUUACCCGGCGAGACUCUCCGGUCACAUACGCAAUCUUUGCGCUCGCCUGUGCGCAUCUCGAGUACCGGGGCGUCGAAAACGCAGAGAAAUCACUCUACUUUCACAACAUGGCCAUUCGAGGGGUUGCUCAGUUGAUCCAGGACAGCAGCAAAGUCAACAGGAACGAGAUAUUAGCGGCCAUCAUGCUGUUGGUCUACUAUGAAUGCGCUUUCCGCUUCUACGACGUGAUCACUGCCCUGUCCAACGGCACCCCGCCACUCUCAGCAACGCCCUCGCUGAGCCGUCUCCAGCCACUCUCCCCCUUAGGCGCCCCCCCCGUUUCGCCGUUGUGUAACGUCGACACUCUUCUCGGCAUGGCAACUACCCUAUGGCCCAUCAUCCACCGUCUCGCCGGUCUUCGCGCCCUCAAAACGGAGCUCGAGAAUGCCAGCCGCAUAGAUGGCAACCCUUCCAAGGCCGCCGUCCUCCGGACCGAGUUCGAGUCUACCGCCCAAGCGAUCGAGAUGGCCCUGCUGCAAUGGCAACCCCAGCUCCCGCCGGGUUUCACGCCUGAUCCGGAUCCCGAGGUCGACUUGGCAGCGGCAAUGGCGACAUCAUCAUUGUCACCAUCAUCAAGGUUAGCAACAACAGCGACGACGCCGACGGCGCCGGCGCCGGCGGUGGCGGACCCAAUACCAGCAGUACCCUAUUCCCACCUUUCCCCCCUUCCAACAGAUUCCGCACUCCACAUCACCACCACCGCCGGCGGCGACCCCGAUUCCCCAUUCUCCUCCGACCCGUUUCCCGAAGGCCUGUCAAGCACCACCCCGCAGUCCAUCAUCACGCCGCCGCCGCAGCCGAGCGCGCAGGACCGAUCGCGGAUCGCGUCCAUCUACCACAACGCGCUCGCCUACCGGCACGCGGCGCUGGUGUACCUCUACCGGACGGUGCUCUCGCGGCCGCGGACGCACGCGUCGGUGCAGGCGCAGGCGCGGCUGGCACUGGCGCACUGCGUGUCGACGGUGCGCCACCGCGGGCCCAUGUCGGCCCUGCUCUGGCCCCUCUUCGUCUCGGCCUGCGAGGCCGUCGCCCCGCGCGACCGCGCCCUCGCCGAGCGCACCUUCGUCGAGGUCGACCGCCGCCAGGGCAUGCGCAACAUCGAGCGCGCCCGCACCAUCCUGGCCGAGGUCUGGCGCCGCGAGGACGAGGCUGCCGCUGCCGCUGCCGCUGCGGGCGAGCUGGACGGCGCCGAUGGCGGGGGAGCUGGGACCGAGAUGGAGAACAAUGGGGAGGAGCUGUGGAGGCGGGUAUGUAGGGAGAUGGGCGUCAGUGUCGUCUUUGGGUGA